AAUGAUGAGGUCCCUGUGUUGGCUGCUGGUUUGAAACCAGUUCUCAGCUGUGCAGAGGGACAGGAAAUAGUCAUCACAGCUGAGUAUAUCUACGCCACUGAUGCCGACAGCGACAACAGCAGCCUGGCCUUCCUGAUUGCCCGGCAGCCGUAUCACGGCGUGGUGCUCCGGAACUCUGUAGUGGUUGAUGGCUUCAUCCAGGCAGACAUCACUGCAGGGAUCAUCAGCUACAGACACACAGGACUGGAGAUCGGACUCACUCCUCGCCAUGACACCAUCACCUUUGUUAUUUCUGAUGGCGAAACAGAAAACUCUCCUCUGUGCUGUGGCGAGGAAAACCCCUCCAGGACCAGAGGCAGAACUCAGCUACGAGACAGUCUGCCAGUAUAUGACCUGCACAUCACUGUGUUUCCAGUCGACAGCCAACCACCUUCUCUAACAACAGGAGACAUCUUUACGGUGGAUGAAGGCGGGUCUGCCCAGAUAACCGAAUCUCAUCUGAAGGCCUCUGACGUGGACACUGUCCUGGACAAUCUGGUGGUCAGCCUGGUAUCUCCGCCUCAGUUUGGCUACAUUGAAAAUGUCCUGCCAAGCCCUGGCUUUGAGAAAAGCAACACAGGCAUAAGCAUAGCUUCUUUUUCAUAUAAAGACAUUAUUUCCGGCCAUGUGAACUACGUCCAGUCCAGACACCAUAGGAUGGAGCCCACAGCUGAUCAAUUCAUGCUCUGUGUAUCUGACGGCAAACACAGCUCCGCCAACGUCCCCUUCUACAUCAUUAUUAACCCGACCAACGACGAGGAGCCACAGUUUGUGGCUCGGAGCAUCACAGUACGAGAAGGAGAAAUGACGCAGCUGGACUCUUCAGUUUUGCACGUGAUGGAUCUGGAUGUCCCCAAGAAUGUCCUGCGCUUCAGUGUGGUCAGAGCCCCACAGCACGGCAGCAUCAUCAGCCACAGCAGUGAACAGCUGCUCUACAGGAGACGAGAGGCCAGUCCUCGGUCCCCUGUGAUGGACUUCACGAUGACAGAUCUUUCUAAUGGUAUGGACCUCAUGUACAUGCACGAUGACUCGGAGAACAUGGAGGACAGUUUCACCAUCCAGCUGACUGAUGGCAGGCACCAACUCCAGAGACAAGUGCUGGUUAAAGUGCUGCCAGUCAAUGACGAGGAGCCUCGGGUCAUCAGGAAUAAUGGACUGCAGGUGGAGCCAGGGGAAGUCAAGCUUAUUUCCAGUGUCACGCUGUUUGCACAGGACACUGACACUCCUCCUUCAGAGGUCAUGUACAUGUUUGAGAGCGUUCCUACCCAAGGAUUUCUUCAGCUUAAGGAAGGUCCAGACUGGGUGAAGCUGACAGCGGGGACAAAGUGCACCCAGGAGAUGGUCGACAUGAACCUUCUGCGCUACGUGCACACAGGUGUGCACGGUGCUAGAACACAGGAUUUCUUUGUCUUCUACUUGUUAGAUGGAAGGAAUCAAUCACCUCCACAGCACUUCCACAUCUCUGUUAGAGAUCUGGAGAAAGGAAAUAUUGCCAUCUUUGUGAAGCCAGUGAAUGUGAGCCGUGGAGACCGUGUGGUCCUCACCACAGAUGUGCUGCUGGCCACAGACGGCACUGAGAAGCCAGAGGAGCUUCUGUACAUCAUCACCAGCCCUCCUGCUCAUGGACACAUAGAGUACAUAAAACAUCCCGGACUGACCAUCUCCACCUUCAGCCAGAUGGACAUAGCAGCCAACCUUGUUGCUUACGUGCACGACAACCGAGCCAUGGCACCCAAAGAAACCGUCCAGUUUGUUGUCAGUAACGGUAAAAGCAGCCGAAAUGGAAGCUUUGAGAUCACAGUGGAAAUGGUGGACCGCGUCCUGCCGUUUCUGUCCUCCAACAAAGGCCUCACAGUCCCUCAGGGCUCCACCAUGAUCCUGGGUCCUGACUAUCUGGCCAUGUCUGACCCUGACACUCCUCACAGCGCCCUGACCUUUGUCCUCCUGCAGCCUCCACAGUAUGGCAGGCUGCUGUCCGGCGGCAACACGCUGACUGCUGGCUCCACCUUCACUCAGAGAGACAUACAGGAGCUGGAGGUAAUGUACAGACAUGAUGGGGGACCAUCGCAGAUCGACAGAUUCGCCUUCACUGCCUCUGACAGCUCCAAUCGGGGCUUCCUGCUGGACGGGCAGUUACAUACCGAGCCUGUUUUCUUCACUAUUCAGAUAAAGUCUUUGGAUAAGUCAUGUCCUGAGAUCGUGAAGCUGCUUCCUCUUUGGAAAGUAGAGCUUUUAGGCGACGGUCGAUACGGGAUCUUUGUGUCAUCUCAUGAGCUGAAGGCCACAGACAGCGACAGCAGAGAAGAAGAGCUGAUAUUCAGCAUCACUCGCCAGCCCUACUUUGGUUACCUAGAAAACAUCACUACAGGUGGUUUUGUUCCACAGCGCUUCUCUCAGGUGGAGCUCAACAGGAGAACUAUUGCCUACAUCAUAAACACAGACAGGGAGUCUCUGUCAGACAGCCUGGAGUUCACCGUGUCUGAUCCUUUAGGAAACACUGGACCUGCUCACAUACUUAAGUUGAGCUGGUCCAGCGUGGAGCUAUCUCAGCCUGAGUACUCUGUGUGUGAGGAUCAGGGGACGCUCUCGCUGGGCAUCAUCCGAGCAGGAAACCUGGCAGAGUCUUCAUACAUCACUGUCAAGGUGAAGGAGGUGACUGCAACAGCUGGAAAAGACUUCCUCAUAAGCCCUUCAUCUCUCAUCCAGUUUGAUCCAGGAGUGUCAAAGAAGAGCUGGCAAACUGAGAUAAUUCAGGAUCACCUGGAGGAGGCUGAGGAGGUGUUUAAGGUGCUGCUGGUCUCCCCGGAAGGCACGGUGAUUGGCAGCAUCAACGAGACUCGAGUCACCAUCAGGGACUCUGGACAAGGAGAGCUCAGGCUGAACCAGGAUCAGGAGGCUCCUGUUCUUGGAGGAAAAGAGAUCCGGUCAGACACGUACCCUCAGCAUGGAUCCAUUCGACUCGAGAAACUACCCCUCAGCACUGAAUCAGUGAUCUUGACGCGUGGAGACAGCAUCUCCAGGCCUCGUGCAGAUGUCCCAAAAAAGAAACUCAAAGUCAUAAGCAACCCAAAGACUAUUGCACCUUCAUCGGUUUUCCACAACGGGACAGACACAGUGUAUACGUAUCACGGCAUCAUGCAAAUGCAAGUAGAGGACGACACCUCCCCAUCAACGAAAGGCAGGAAGGCAAACAUCCGUGUGACUAGCAGGGGAGCACAGCAGCAGCUGCCAGCUGUGCUUACUAGGUCAAAGGCAGAUCCUCAAGAAAAGACCUUAAAAUCUCACAAAACAGCACCAACAAAAGCACAUACUACAGAUGAUAACUCCAUACCCAAGCCCUGUGUGCCAGAGCUGAUGGGACUUCUGCAUUUUAACCAGACUACCAAUCAGCUCUUUCACUGCAACGGUGUCUCCUGGAAACCCUGGGCACCAACUGAUCAGCGAAAUGCCGGUCGGCUCCAGCCUCAUAGGGACAAAGACUCCCGGUCCUCUCCGAGCCCUUAA